UGCGAUAACCCUACUCCAGAACCCGUCUCUGUGGGCUUUAUCCAAUCUGUAAUACGAACGGCCACACUGGAUCAUAGCUUCCUCCUCACUAGAACACAAACGCAGACGUCGAUCAAGUCUUGCUCCACCGCCGCUGGUACGAUGUCAGCAGCCCUCCGUCGCAUCAUACUCCUCUCCUCCGUAAAGCGCGCCUGGAAUUUACCUCCGCCUUGCCUUUCCUCCGCCGUGAGUCGCCUACCCAUAUCUUUCUCCUCCGCCUCAUCUCCGCCUCAAUCAAACCCGUCCCCUUCCCGGAUCCGAACCCGGACUCCCCUCGAAACCCAAUUCGAGACGUGGAUCCAGAAUCUGAAACCAGGCUUCACACACCCCGACGUGGUGGCGGCGUUGCGUGCCCAGUCCGAUCCGGAUAUGGCGUACGACAUAUUCCGCUGGACAGCUCAGCAGCGAGGCUACAAGCACAACCACGAGGCUUACCACUCUAUGAUCAAACAAGCAAUCGCCGGAAAACGUAACAAGUUCGCCGAAACCCUAAUCGACGAAGUCGUCGCCGGCGCUUGCGAGAUGAGCGUUCCUCUCUACAACACCAUCAUCCGAUUCUGCUGCGGCCGUAAGUUCCUUUUCAAUCGAGCUUUCGAUGUUUACAACAAGAUGCUUCGAUCAGAUAACGACUCGAGACCUGACCUUGAGACCUAUACUUUGCUUCUAAGCUCAUUGCUCAAGAGAUUCAACAAGUUGAAUGUCUGCUAUGUGUAUCUCCACGCCGUUAGAUCGCUCACUAAGCAGAUGAAGUCGAGCGGAGUGAUUCCUGAUACGUAUGUGUUGAACAUGAUUAUUAAAGCGUAUGCAAAGUGUCUUGAGGUUGAUGAGGCUUUAAGGGUGUUCCGUGAGAUGCCUCUGUACGGGUCCGAGCCUAAUGCUUAUACGUAUGGUUACUUGACGAAAGGGCUUUGUGAGAAAGGAAGGGUGGAACAGGGUUUAGGGUUUUACAAGGAGAUGAGAAGCAAGGGAAUGGUUCCUAGUGGGAGUUGUUACAUGGUUCUGAUUUGUAGCCUUGCAAUGGAAAGGAGAUUGGACGAAGCGGUCGAGGUUGUGUUUGACAUGUUGACGAAUUCUCUCUCUCCGGAUAUGUUGACUUAUAAUACGGUCUUGGCGGAGUUGUGCAGAGAAGGCAGAGGGAAUGAAGCUCUUGAGCUGCUCGAGGAUUGGAAGAAAAGAGAUCCGGUGAUGGGCGAAAGGAACUAUAGAACGUUGAUGGAUGAGGUGUAUUUUUUGAACAAGGGAUGAUCGGGUUAUGUUCAUCUGGAAGACGAUCAGAUCUGCUAAAAGGGCGAAAUUUAAAGAUGGCUUACAAAUUAUCCAAACUAUGCGGGUUAUGAUCAAGUUUUGAUCUUCAUGAUUAGAUACAUUCAGGUUGAAGUAUAGUGAUUGAAAGACUGAAGACUCGGCCAUAGGGUAGGCAUAUAUUCUGUUGUUUCUAGGAAGCCAAGGAUUCAAGAUCAUGUCCUAAGAAUGAUGAUGUCUGAGGUCUUAUGACCAUAAAAUAUAUGUACGACUUUUUCUCUUCAAGAAUACCAACAUUCGCUCA